AUGCCUUAUCGUUUGCCCGUCUCCUUCUCCGGUGAGGAAGAUGAGGAAGGUGAAAAAAGUGACAAGGCUGAUAAGGGUGGCGGGGCGGCACCACAAAAUUCUCCUCCCAUGGGAAGAGCCAUCUCAUCCCAUCAUGUUGGGCACCCAUCAUAUCACCAACAAUAUAUGGAGCAAUUCCAAUCGAUCCAUACCCGCCUCGACACUUACCACCAAGAUCUCGCGAACCUAACCCAAAGUUAUUCCUCCUUCACCACUCAACACGCUCGGGAUCAAGAGCGUCAGCGUAAUCAUGUGGAGGACUUUUGGGCUUAG